GCCUCUGGUCAAGAAGCAAACAACCCAUUGAAAGACUCACCCGCGGUUUGACGAUGACAUCCAGAUCCGUCUGGCGGAGCUUACACUGGAGCGCGAAACGCCGACCAAUUCCACCCAGAACGCCCUACCGCUGUUUCUCCUGUUCCAUCAGAGCGCAGGCCAACGAACCCGGACAAAAUGAACGGACCACCCAUUUUGGGUUCGAAACAAUUCCCGAAUCGGCAAAGGAAUCAAGAGUCGGAGCUGUUUUCAGCUCUGUUGCGGCUUCUUACGAUACGAUGAACGAUCUCAUGUCCCUGGGUAUCCAUCGUCUCUGGAAAGAUCAUUUUGUUCGGUCACUCAACCCUGGAGACCAGUAUGCCCGCGAUGGACCUGAGAAUGAGAAAGGAUGGAACAUUCUUGACAUUGCGGGUGGAACUGGAGAUAUCGCAUUUCGCAUGCUGGACCAUGCUACAAACAUAAACAACGACCACUACACGCGCGUAACGGUUGCAGAUAUCAAUCCAGAUAUGCUUGCAGAGGGUAAAAAACGAAGUUUGGACACUCCUUAUUAUAAUACCGACCGUCUGUCGUUCAUGCAGGCAAACGCUGAAUCCAUACCCUCGAUUCCUGAUAAUUCGGUGGAUCUGUACACUGUUGCUUUUGGGAUUCGGAACUUCACGAAUAAACAAAGUGCAUUGGUGGAGGCCUUCCGAGUGCUGAAACCGGGCGGUGUCUUCGCCUGUAUGGAAUUUAGCAAGGUGACCGUCGGUCUCUUUGACGAACUUUACAAGCGAUGGAGUUUUGGAGCUAUUCCACUGAUCGGCCAGGUUGUGGCCGGGGACCGGGCCAGCUACCAAUAUCUGGUUGAAAGCAUAGAAAGAUUUCCCAGCCAGGAAGAGUUUCGGGACAUGAUUCAGGCCGCUGGAUUCAUUACACCAGGCAAAGGAUAUGAAAAUCUUACAAUGGGUAUCGCCGCCAUCCAUAAGGGUGUGAAACCAUUGAAAAAAUGAAAUCUUUAAGGCUACCAACAUGGGUGCUGCAUCUUAAUUCGCGACUUUCUCCGUUUCAACCACCAAUUUUACAUCUACAUGGUGGGAAUGGCCUCGUUGAGACAUUGGAGGAAAGGUCCACACCCCUCACUCAUACAAGACGGUGCCAGGGGACUCCCCUACAGUUCUCCCACCUGGCAAGGAUUUA